AUGUCGCUCUUAUCGCAGAUGAUUGUAACUGUUUAUUUCCUAAUUCAUUUUAUUCAUGCAGAAUCGGACAGUGUUUGUUUUUUUGGUGAAGAUGAAAAACCAGCAGAGCAAUCAUACUGCAGCGUUGUUAACAUAUUGCCUAGCAAACCCAAAGAAGUUUUCACAAGUAAAUUGUUUGAAAGAGAUAGCGAAGGACAAAAAAUGAUAAUGGAUGACUAUUGCGCAUCUAAUGAACAACUUCAAUUUGGAGUGAUGAAUUAUCUUGCAGAAGAUUUAGAAAUGGUUCGUAGUCAAUUCUUCAUGUGUUGCACUAAUUGCAUGUUACUUCGUGAAAAAAACAAAUUAGACAAAAAGUUGCAAUUGUUAACAUUGAAAAGUUUAUUUAUGAUGAAAGGUAUAUGUAUUCGAGCAAAUAACGAUUUUGGUUAUUGUGAGGAGUAUCCAAAUUUUUUACCACAAACGUGGUUUUCAUGUCCUGGCUUAUACUCUAAUCAGGUGAUAAGUUAUCCAUUCUAUGCUCCAUGCAUGUUUCACUUAGAUAGUUAUUCAACAACACGAAUUUAUAGUGGAUUUGCUAUCUAUGCAUUCUUGGAUCAAAUUAAUCGUAAUUAUGUAUUUGGUAAGUACAAAAUGAUAUGUAAUCCGUAUCAGUAUGGUUCGAAAUUUAAUCCAAUUCAUUCCGAGACUGAAUUUAUACCUGAUGGACAUUGUGUCAUUCGAUAUAAAAAUCGUCAUUACGAGAUACAUUGUUGCUGUUAUUGGCGCUUUCGGCAUAAUUGUACGAUACCAUUAGAUGGCGAAGUGCACAUUUGCGCCAAUAGAACUGAAGAGGCAAUAAAUGGCGAAGAGAAAAUUAUCAAUACCACACUUCAAUCUUUACCUCUUGCAAGUAGCUGUUUUGCAUCGUUUCAUCUAAAGGUAACAAAUGAGGAAACAGCACAUUUGGUUAGCACUUCAUACGGUGUACCAACAAAAACCGAAAAUGACACCCACCGGUGCUACCAGUAUACCUCGACGAGUCAUGCAACGCAAUGUUCGGCAAUUGAAAGUUGUCCGAAAAUGUGUCCUUUACUGGAACCUUUUCCAAUUGAAUCAUUUCAGACGUUGACGGUGUUAUGUUGCUGUGAUAACAGAAAAGACAGUAUGUGCAAUAUGAAAACUGAAUUUGGUCAAAGUAUUCUCAGCAAUAAUGGCAACAGUUAUAAACUUCCAAAAUGUGCCCAUCGACAUGUACUACAACACAUCUUUUUUGCUAACAUUUAUGCUAAUCAUUGCAUCGUAUACUAUGAUUUCAGGCUAAUGAAACCUUUAAAUCUUAUUUACGGCUAUAAUAUGGAAUUUGAAACUUCAGCGAAAGAAAUUUAUAGUAGCAAUCAGGAAUUCAUUUUAGCCGAUAUCUUUCAAUAUAAAAAUCUCGAAAACUCAUGGACAAAAUGUUGUACAGAAGUUAAUGCAAGUGUAGAACAAAUUGAUCGCAUCACAAAAAGUUCAAAAGCUUGGACAGUUGGAGUAAUAAAAUGUAAUUCGAGCGCUGAACCGAAAUGUGAUGCUAAUUUAGUUGAAAAAAUUAAAAAACAUCGAACUCAUUACUUGGAAUAUUAUCGAAACAAAUAUGGUAGAUUGUGUUAUUUAAAAGAAUUUGCUGAACAAUAUGUGACAACAAAUCGAUCAUUACAAACUACUUGGUGCUAUGAAGAAUCAUUUGGCCGAGGCCUUGAUUUUGUAAGCAGACGUGGUUUUAUGCUAGAAGAUAAGGAACUUCCACCUGGCAAAAUAUGUUCACAUCGAUUGAAGACCAAUGUUCGAUACUCAGAUGAUAAAAUGUUUGCACAUUGUUUCAUGAUAAAACGAAAUAAUGGUGAAUUAUCAGCAUUUUGUUGCUGCUCCUCGACUAUUGAUAAGCCAUGUAAUUAUAUAAGCGAGAAAUAUUAUAUUUCUCGAACGACCGUAAAUUAUACUAAAAAAGCUCUUCAGACACGAGAGCACUGCUUAUUACCUGACGGUGGACGUGACUUCUGCCUUUUGGCAGGUAGUCAUUUGGUGGUUUGUUAUUACCUUGCUGAUAUGAAGAAUGGAAAGGUGGAAGGUGGAUGUGCUCUAUCAUUGACAAGGAAGUUUGAACGUCACAAACUUGCUAAUGUUUGUUUGAUUAAAUCAUUGUAUAAUUUGGCAGUACCAGUUGAAUUUUUACAUGCAGCUGAAGCAGUUAAAAUUUUUUGUUGUGCCGGAAGAGAUGAUUGCAAAGAAUCACUACUGGAAAUGAGACGUUUUAAAAGACUUUUCGAGAGUGAACAGUUCAAAAAAGUCAAAACUUUAGAAGAGGAAGAUUUUGCAUUUAUUACUUCCAAAUGA